AUGCGGAAGCUGGAAAAGCUCAGAAAUGCCAUGAAAGAUGCAACAUCUGCAACAGUAGCAACAGCCACGAGCUUUUUCUGUGACCUAGAAAUCGCAAUCAUCAAAGCCACAAAGCACAAUAACAAUCGACCCAAUGAAAAGCACCUCCAAAGGAUUAUUGCUGCCACCUUCCCUGAAAGAUUUGGAGAGCCAGCUUUCCUCGCCACCUUUCUUAGCAGGCGCUUGACAAACACUAGCUCCUGGAACGUUGCCCUAAAAUCCCUUUCAGUCUUUCACACCAUAAUCAAACAAGGCUAUCAUACUUACGUCGAUGAGUUGCAUGAAAUCUUCACGUCCAGAUUACUUCACCAGAUCUCCCACUUCCUCGACGUUUCAGACUCUCGUGCAGUGGAAUACUCAGCGUUGGUUAGGAGUUAUUUUCUCUAUUUGAACUUCCGCCUUGAGUUUAUUCACACAAGAUAUGAUUUGGUUAAAGAGAGGAUACACAGAGUUGGGUGUUUAGAAUACAAGGAUUUGCUCAAACAUUUGGUGGGUUUGCAGAAGGUAUUUCGGCUUCUCUUAAACUGUGUUACUAUGUCAGAAGAGAACCCUAAUGUUUCCUUGAUAAACUAUACAGUUGAAUUUAUCAUGGGCGACUGUGACAUGGUUUUCUCUUCAAUUUAUGAGGGGCUAUGUAGGGUGCCCGAUUCCUUCUUUGAAUUGUGCUUCUCUGAAGCUGCCAUAGCCCUUAAGAUCUAUAAGAAAGGGCUUUAUCAGAUGAACAGAUUUUUGUUUGUUCAGCAGAUUGUUAGAAACCCUGCGCAGUGCAAGUUUUUGUCUUCGAGUACUUCUUCUCUCAAUUCUAUUGUUGGAGAAAUGGAGGAAUUCGUUCUGAAUGCAAUAUCACAUGUUAAAGUGCCCAACACCAGAGUUUUUGCAUUGGAGGGAGAAGAUAUAAAAAAGGAAGAAGAUGAUGAUAAAGGUGGUGUGAAAUCUGAGGGUACCCAUUACGAUAAUGAGAUUGAGGAAGGCAAUGCUCGAGCUCUGGGAAUCCAAUCUUUGGUUUGCCCUGAGACGUCUCAUACGAAGAAUGAAGUUGAGGGAGAAGAAGAUUGGGCAUUAACUUUGCUUGACAUGCCCAGCAAAAUGAAGGGAAACAAUAGUACUAGUUGCGGGGUGGUAAGAACAUCACAAGAUGCUGCAUACACCAACAUUGAUUAUGCAACAAAUCCCUUUCUUGAUCUCAAUUAUUUUAACUCGUCUCCUAGUGUUUUGGGACAGCAUCCAAUAUGUCAGCAGAACUAUGACAAUCAAACGUUGGAACCAAAUCAAACUAGACAGUUAAUCUCAGAAGACUUUUGGAGUAUAAAAACGGAGACUUUUGGAGUAUAA